CGCUCUCAGGGCGCGCGCGCGCUCUCUCUCUCUCUCUCUCUCUCUCCUAAUCCCUGCCGAGUCCCGCUUCGCUCCCUCACGCCGACUGCUCGCCCACUCUCGACUUCGGCGCCCCGCUCUCUCGCGAGGAGGACGACAAAAUUGAGGAGGAGGUGGUGGCGAUAUCUAGGGUUAGCUCUCCUUUUGAGCACCGAAGCUCUAGUUGAAUCAGCGGCGCCGGUUAUUCUUCUUGUGCAUGUAGAGUUGUAGACAACGCCCAGCAAACUGGGCCAACAAUUAGUUCUGAUGGCAAAUAGGAUCCACCCAACCCAAUGUUAUACACUGGCCUGGAUCCUAAGAUAUUCUUUUGGCCCAACCCCGUAUUGGAAAGUAGCGCUAUGGAAAACAGAUUCAAAGAGAGAGGGGGGGAACCAGUGGAGCACCAGCAUGGGCUAUCCUGUCCUCUCCCUCUCAAAGCCUUGCCCUCUGCUCCAUCUCUCUAUGCGUAUCCACAGGCACCGCAAGAGCACUACAUCCCUCAGAAGAUGCAGCGGCGGGGCCAGGAGCCCCGAUGUGGUUGAGAGGGAGUAUGCGGAUCUCAAUCUCAAACCGAUGUACGGAGUCUCCAAUAUGGGUCACGUGCGUAUCAGGCAACAUGUGAACCCACUUAGCUCGUCCUUCACCGAGCCAGUGCAGGUACCGGAGUGGAAGGAAGUUUUCAGGGACUCAACACUGCCACUUAUGGUGGAUAUUGGCUGUGGUAGCGGCAGGUUUCUUAUUUGGCUUGCAAAAAAUUCUGUCGAACCUAGAAAUUAUUUGGGAUUGGAGAUUCGUCAGAAGUUAGUUCAGCGUUCACAGUUUUGGGUUAAGGAGUUGGGUCUUGAAAAUAUCUACUUUUUGUUUGCAAAUGUGUCGGUGUCUUUUGAUCAGCUAGUGUCAAGUUAUCCUGGUUCUCUAAAAUUGGUUUCAAUACUGUGUCCAGACCCUCACUUCAAGAAGAGGCAUCACAAAAGGAGAGUCGUGCAAGCACCAUUAGUUGAUUCUAUUUCGAAAAAUUUAUCUCUUGGGGGACAGGUUCUUUUACAAUCUGACGUGCUUGAAGUGGCAUCUGACAUGAGGGAUCAAUUCGACGCCUACUCUGAUGUGCUUGAACAUGUCGAUCAUAUUGACUCGAAUGUUUUGUGUGACGCCGAAGGGUGGCUCUUACACAACCCAAUGGGAACACGAACGGAAAGAGAAAUACAUGCAGAGCUCGAAGGGGCGAGAAUAUACAGGAGGAUGUACCAAAAGACAAAGCAGCCUAGCUGACUGUAUUGCGGACUGGCCUACUGUAUGAUGAUUUAUUUGUUAAAUGUCCUUUUACCCCUCUCAUAUUGAUGGAUAGUCAUGAGCGUCACGUUUUUUUGUUUUGUUUUUUAUUUUUUUCUUCCUUCUUCAGUUGCUAUUGCUCUUUUUCAUUUUCCUUGUUAUAAUUUCAAUCCUUUUUAUCCGUUUCUUAUUUUUAGUUGA